UUUUUUUCUUUUUCUUAUCAUUGUAUUUCCUUUACCUAUAUAUCUAUCUAUCUAUAUAUAUAUAAUCAUGACCAACAAACACGACGUCAAGAUUGCUGUUAUUGGUGGUUCUGGUCUUUAUAACCUCGAAAACCUUGAAGUAGUAGAAGAAGUGAAUCCUGAAACUCCCUGGGGUUUUCCUAGUGACAAGAUCAUUAUCAGUAAAUUACCAAGUGGAGACAAGAUUGCGUUUUUAGCCCGUCAUGGUCGAGGUCAUUACUUGACACCUACCGAAGUACCUGUACGAGCCAACAUUGCUGCCUUGAAGCAUCUUGGUGUGGAAGCGAUCCUUGCAUUCUCAGCUGUUGGAUCCCUUCGAGAAGAAAUCCCUCCUUGUGAUUUCGUGUUGCCUGAUCAAUUGAUUGACCGUACAAGAGGAUUGCGACCUUCCACGUUCUUUGGUGAAGGAUUGGUGGCGCAUGCAGGAUUUGCUGAUCCUUUCCACAAGGGUAUUGCCGACUUGGUAUACAAACAUCGAGGUGUGAUGGACAAAUGGACAAUUCAUCAAAACAAGACGGCUGUGUGCAUGGAAGGACCUCAAUUCUCCACUCGUGCUGAAUCCCAUCUGUAUCGAUCCUGGGGUGCCGAUAUCAUCAAUAUGUCUGCUUUGCCUGAAGCCAAAUUAGCCCGUGAAGCCGAAAUCGCCUACCAAAUGGUUUGUAUGUCUACCGAUUAUGAUUGCUGGCGUGUCGAAGAAGAAGCUGUCAAUGUUGAAACCGUCAUGGAAAACAUGGUCACCAACUCGGCCAAUGCUCGCAAGCUCCUCAAUGCUGUCCUCCCUGAUCUCGAUGCCGCUGUGCGUGCUAAUGAAUUGUUGCCUGAUCUCAAGGGAUCUAUGAAAUUCGCUGGUAUGACUGCAAAGGAAAAACGCAAUCAAGACACCGUCGCCAAAUUGGAAUAUUUGCUCCCUGGUUAUUAUAUUUAGAUUCUUGAUCGUUUAUAUAUAUAUAUAUAUGUAGUAUUAUUAUUUUGUUAUUCUAUCAACAUUUGACUUUGUAGAAAUAAAAAAGGAUUGAUAUUAGAAUGAUGAUGAUCUUUAUUAAAGAGGAAUGAUAACUCUCUAUUCAAUAUGAAGGAAUUCAAAAAUAAGAUGUCGCAACAAUAGGAAAUAAAAUAUAAUAAGAAUAGAAAAUAAAAAAAAAAAA